UGUUUAUUUGUGUAAUUUACAGUAGAAAUAAUGUUCUAUAGAUAGUUAAUUACUCAAACGGAAAAAAAUGUUUAUUUAUUUGAUCAAGCCGAGCUUAGUAUAGUAGAUUUUUGGAGCUAGUAUUUGAAAUUCGGAUAUGUUUCUAAUCUAAGUUGAACUUCACUCCUUAAAAUUGCAUAGACUUGACUUUGCUUAUACUGGAAUCGUAUUCUUUUUGUUGUUGGGUGAUCACUGUCAAUUAUAUUUCUUGAGAAACUACUUAUGAAUAGGAAAAUAUAUGUAAUAGUUAUUUAUUUGUGAUAAAGGAUGAAAUUUCAAAGCUUUGAAUAUAAGCUACUUAAUUUUCGAUUUUUGGUUAGUUGUGUUGAGCUGGCGAUCAAAGUUUUGUGCUAUUAUAAGGUUGAUUGUUUGAAAAAAAGGGUUGAUUAUUAUUUGAAAGGGAAUGGUUUUAGAUCCAGUACUUUACCUGUUUGAAAGACGAUGAAUAUCUGGUAGUAUCAAAUGCUGGAUCGGUGGAUGGUUUAGUAAGAUGGAUUUUAUGGCCAAGUGAUUCUAAGUUUGAUAGAUUAUCAGGAAUUGCUGAAGAUUGAGCUGAGAAAUUGAUGAAGAUGAGAUGGUUUAUAUUCUUCCCAUUGGAAAUUCCAUGGAACUUGUUCACUUUAUUGGUUUUCUUCCAAUACUUUAGGAAGCAUAAUUGACAAUUUCUAAGUGGGAGAGAAAACAUUAAUGACGGUUAACCUCCUCAGAUGGAAGCCCAAGUAUCUGAAUUUCUUUUAAUCUUGUCCCAGCUGUUUAAUUCUGUUAGUACUCUUGAAGGGGCAAAUAGACUAUUCUGUCAUUGCUGGUGAUUGUUUACUGUAGUUAACUCUAAACACUAAUUACAAUUCACUGACCAAAACCCUUACUGGAAAAGGGGAGUAACGGCAUUAUUUGCCACUUAUUUCUACAUAACUUAAAAGAACUUGAUUACCUACUGAAAUAUCAUUCUCUUUGUUUUACAUGACUGGUGUUAGAUUUCUAGUGGAUUUGGGAUAUUGCUCUUUCUCCUUAAAUUUAAUUGAAUGCUAUAAGUAGCUCUUUUGUAUCUGUUACUGUUUUCCUUUGAUUUUUUUUUUUUUUUAUAGUUUUCUGAUGUUGUUUGAAAAUAUGAUGAGUCAAAGUUACAUCUGUCUGAAAUAGGAAGUAUCAAUUCUUGCAGUAGGAUGAGUAUUUAGUGGUUGGCUGAUCAUUAUGAUUAAAUUGAAGCUUCAAAAGUCUUUGUUUUGGCUGUCUAGUUUUUAUUGUCUUUUAAUUUUCUUGAGUUGGGAUUCUCAUGUAAAGGCAUUGUACUGCUGCUUGAUUCUUGUGUUUUAUUCCAAUUUACACACAUAUAUCAAGAAAAAAAAUUUCUAGUCUUGUUCAGAAUGCAUCAGUGGGUAGAAUUUGUUAUCUGGUUGAUGGCUAGUAUUUCAUGUGCUAAUUUGGUUUCCCAGAGAAGUAAACUGUUUCUGGCCAUAGUUUUAUUGGAGCAAAUAACAAGAUUGGCUGAAACAGAGACAUCACCAUUCGUGCAGUUUACCGUUUGGAUAUGGGAUGGUUCUAGGUACUCUGGUAUGCUAUGCAUGGCCUUAUCAUCUAUUAUCUACUGUAUCAUGGAAGUUCUUUCAGAUGUUUUCACUGCUCAAUCAAUUCCUCUUUUUGAGAUGGCAUUUACCAGAUGUACAGUUAUUUUGAUUUUGUCGUUUGUAUGGUUGAAAAGAAGCAGACAGCCAAUAUUUGGUACAUCAAGUGUCAGAAAACUAUUGGUUCUAAGUGCAUUCAUGGGAUACCUGUCAUUGUUGAGUUUUAUUUAUUGCAUUCAAAGAGUACCUCUUUCUCAGGCAAUCAUGUUGAACUUUACUACUCCAAUUGUGGCUGCAGUUGCUGCAAGAGUCAUAUUGCAUGAGAAGUUAAAAAUUGCAGAAAUAGGAGGUCUUGCUUGCAGUUUCUUUGGCGUACUUUUUAUCUUCCGGCCAGUGCUCAACAUACAAGGCUCAACUGAAGCUGGAGAAGCAAAUAUUUCUUAUGUCAAGGGAAGUAAUCAUUUAUAUGCAGUUCUAGUUGGUUUAGUUUCAUCAACAGUUGGCGGAGUUAGCUACUGCUUUAUAAGGGCUGGAGCUAAGGCAGCUGAUCAACCUUUACUCACUGUCUUUGCAUUUGGCUUAUUUGCCACUCCUGCUGCAGCAAUAUGUGCAUUCAUCUUUGAAGGUUUUGUGCUUCCUGGUUUUUAUACUCUUCUUCUGAUGGUGAUACUUGGUUCAUUAGCUUUCUUGGCAGAGAUAACUGUAGCACGUGCACUUCAGCUUGAGAAAACCAGCAAAGUUGUGAAUAUUCUGUAUCUUCAGGCUGCUUCAACUCAAUUGCUUGGAAUGAGCUUAUCUAGAAUAGUUCCAACAUUUGGUAGACUAGUUGGCUGUACACUUAUCUUGAUUUCAGCAUGUUGUACUAUGUACGUUGGACCCGAAAAAGAGGUUGAUUGAAACAUUUUGUUGUUGAACUCAAUCUGUCGAGGAUAUAUUCACCCCAAUUCGGUGCAGAAAAGACUCUUUUGUGCUUGCCUUCAUGCCAAAAGGGUUUCAAUACCACCUGUGACUUUACAGCUCCUACCUGCGUAUCAGCGACAGCUUUAUUGUGCAAAAUAGAGAUGACAAGGAUAUCAAUAUAGACUGUACUAUAGAAUUUGUGACCAUCUUGUAUUUUUUUUACUCUGGGGGGAGUUUUGCAGGCAACAGCUUAACAACGUGCUAAUUUUGCUGCUUGCUCAUUUUUGCAUCUUCUUGUCCUAAUUCAAAACGAUUUUUUAAGGGUCAAAAAAUAUAAAGAUGCUGUUUCUUUGUCGAGAA